GUUUCCCGCGUUUUUGAUUCGCGAAAAUUGCAAUCAGCGAAAGUGCAGCCCAGAAAGCAGAAGAGAGUGGAAGCCUGAAAGAAUCUGCAAAAUGCAACGGGUUUUGGUCACAUAGAACUUCCAAUCCGUUGACCACAAUCAACUGAGAACAGAUUCACCAUGUUUGUCCAGGAUUUGCGGAACGAUUUCUACCGCCAGCUAGUGGGCAAGCGCAUCCUGAUCGUCGUGAACUAUGACAUCGAUGCCAUCUGCGCCAGUCGCAUCCUGCAGGCUCUGUUCAAGUACGACCACAUGCUUUACACGGUGGUGCCCAUAAUGGGCGUCACGGGUCUGAAAAGGGCCUAUAGCGAGCACCAGGGCGACGUGAAGUACGUGGUGCUGGUCAACUGCGGCGGCUGCGUGGAUAUUGUGGAGCUGCUGCAGCCGGCGGAAGAUGUGACCUUCUUCAUCUGCGAUUCGCAUCGUCCGUUCGAUGUGUGCAACAUAUACAGCGAUCGGCAGGUGUGCAUCUUGGGGGAUGCCUCCUUGGAGGAGAACAUUCCAGCAUUUGAGACCAUUUUCUAUGACUCUGAUGGGGAGGAGGACGAGGAGGAGGGCGAAUCCUCCGACCAGGAGCAGCAAAACAACGACAGUGGCGCCGGGGAAUCAGAUCAGGAAGAUCAGGCUCCUCAGAGGACAAAACUCAGCCGCCUGGAGCAGCACGAGCAGCGCGUCUUGAAGCAGCGAGCCCGCCGACAAUGGGAAUCGGAGCGUGACCGGAUCAUGUUCGAGUACACCCAGUUUAGCUACUAUGGCCGAUCCGCUGCCCUGUUGGUUUUUGAGCUGGCCUGGAAACUCUCAAAGGAUAACAUGGACCUGCUCUGGUGGGCUAUCGUAGGAAUUACAGAGCAGCUGUUGCUGGGAAAGAUCGAGAGCGGGUCAUACACUCUGGAACUGGAGCAGAUCCAGUCGCAUGUGUCGCGGUUAACAAACAAAACUAAUGACCAGAACACAAUGAGUGCUUCCAAGAUCAGCUUUGAGAAUGAUUUGCAUCUGGUUUUAUAUCGGCAUUGGCCCGUUACGGAAUCCAUGAGGUAUUCACGCUAUGCUUCGUGUCAGUUGAAACUGUGGACGCUGCGUGGGGAGAAGAGACUGCACGAACUGCUGCUCGAGAUGGGAUUGCCUCUAGUUCAUGCCCGCCAAACGUACGGAGCCAUGGAUUUAGUUCUUCGGAAGGAGUUCUAUUCGAUGGUUGAGCGGCUAGCGGAAAAGUACGACAUACCCGACAUUGUCUACGGAACCUUCACCCUGAGCUACGGUUACCGCAGCAGAUAUGCGGCGGCCGACUACGUAUACGCCCUGCUGGCCAUCAUGGAGUCGGUGAAGAAGCACAAGACGCCAGAGGAUUGCUUUCUGGAGGCAUCCGACGCAUUGAGUCGCCAGCACAAGCAGCUGUUGUCCGCGGGAAUCGACCAGGCGAAGCUCCUGCACGCCGCUGUUUUCCGGCAGGUGCAGAGCAGCCUGGAGGCGCGUCAGGUGCACUCAGCCGGAUCCUUUUUCUACUUUGUGUUGCAGGAGGAGCACGCCUUCUUCUCCUAUCCGUAUGCCCUGGGGCUGCUGGCCCGCUUCCUUCUGCGUGGCCAUGUGGCGACGAGUAGGGCCCGGCAGGCGCCGGACUUGCCGCUGAUCGCAAGCUGUCCUUUGGAUGCGGCGCAGGGCAUGUGCCUGCUCGUCGGUAUCGCCCCCGUUAGGGAGGAUUCGCCGCGCAAUUUCUUUGGCAAGGCUUUUGAGCAAGCGGCGCAAAAGAGCGGGGUGGCUCUUCUCCAAGACUUCUUUGAGCCUGCGGUGGUGCAAUUGCGGCAGAGUGACCUCACCCGCUUCCUGGACGCCCUCACAGUGCUCCUUACCUGAUCCACACUUCUUUCUGCCUGCUAUUCAAAUCCCUGCUCAGACGAUAUUAUGUUUUAGGCUAACUAUUUAGAGAACCCUACUUUGUACCCUUAGGUUAAGAUUUUAUGCGAAACCUAUUUAUGUGCGUCUAUAUUGUGACUUCGAAACUGCACACAGGACAAGAAUAUAGAUUAAGUAAUGCCCUUUUUUUUCUAACAAUUAUUGUAAACCUGACUUAGAAUAAAUUGUGUGUUUAAAGUGUUUACCAGCAAA